CAAUAACAAUACAUGCACUGUGUUUAUGAUUUUUUUUUCAUCUCAACCAAGCAUGUGUCUCCUUUUCCUAAGUACCAAUGAGAAUCCUGCACCAGAUGGCUAUUACCUUGUAUUAUUGAGCGUUAGGGAUGAAUACUACUGUAGGCCAACUUUGGAUUGUCACUGUUGGAAGGACUAUCCUGUUGAGGUUUAUGGAGGUAGAGAUAAUGAGCCUGGAAAAGAAGGAGGAACAUGGUUAGCUGUAAGUAAGACGGGUAAAGUUGGUGUUCUGUUGAACAUUUUAGAAAAACCUGACACAAGUAAGAAAGGAAGAG